AUGUCUUUCGCUGGAAAAGUCUCGCGAGAAGAGACCUCGCGGCAGUCUCGCGAGAGCAGGGGGCGGGUCGAGGGGCAGGAGAGGGGGGAGGGCAGGGGGGCCAAGACGCCCUCACGAUGGGGCCGAGUCCUGCCACCUCCACGCUUCUCUCUUGCAGACGGGACCCUUCUCCUCGGCGCCUCCAGCUUGAACGCGCGCUGCUGGGUGGGCUCCAUUUGGGUGUUCAAGGACCCAGCGAGGGCCCCGAACGAAGGGUUUUGCUCCGCCGGAGUCCAGACGGAAGCGGGCAUCGCCGAUCUCCAGUGGGUGGCCGAUAAAGGCAUACUGGUGGCCUCUGAUUCCGGCGCUGUGGAACUGUGGGAGCUGGAUGAGAAUGAAACCCUCAUCGUGAACAAAUUCUGUAAAUAUGAGCACGACGACAUCGUGACAACAUUGAGCGUUCUGGAUAAUGGCACUCAGGCUGUUAGUGGCAGCAGAGACUUCUGCGUGAAGGUUUGGGACAUCCCCCAGCAAACAUCACUACACUCCUACAGAGCUCAUUCUAGUUCAGUGACAUGUGUGGCUUCCUGUCCUGGUAAGGAUACUGUGUUCCUGUCCUGUGCUGAGGAUAACAGGAUUUUACUCUGGGAUACCAGAUGCCCCAAGCCAGCUACUCGAAUUGUUUGCAGUGCCUCUACUUACCUACCUACCUCAGUCAUGUGGCAUCCACAGCAAAGUGACGCUUUCGUUUUGGGUGAUGAAAAUGGGACAGUUGCUGUGGUAGACACAAAGAACCCGGAUUCUGCCCUCAGCUCUGCUGUGCACUCCCAAACUGUGACUGGGUUUGCAUUUUCUACACACAGUUCCCCUCUUCUGGCUUCAAUCAGUGAAGAUUGCUCAGUAGCUGUUCUUGACUCUAGCCUUUCAGAAGUGUUCAGAAGUCGUUCUCAUCGAGAUUUUGUGAAAGGUUUAUCCUGGUCUCCAGUGAAUAACGCCUCACUCACAACAGUGGGAUGGGACCAUCAGGUGUUGCAUCACGUGGUUCCAGUGCAGAGUGGCAAAAAUCCUGAAACCAAUUGUAUAAAGGAAUAGUUUCAUAAACUUUACUGGUCCAGACUCAUCCCUGGUGUUGCUCCAACUGUAGUUGGAGCUGGCUUGUGCAGCCAGGGAUGGGCUUGGCCCAUACGAUCUCAGAGCUUGUGACCAAGAAGAAAGAUCCUGUAGCAGUUGUGCUGUAGACACGAGCUAAUUACAAACCAGCCCCCUUGACAGAGUUUGGAGUCACCUUGGGACAACGCUGUUAUGUGAUGUACAAAAAAUGUCUGUUACCAGGCACACAGGAAUUGCAGGGAAACGGAUAAUUAGGUAAAAGGAAAUUAAAACCAUAAAAGAUUUUAUUUUAUUUUUUUUUCCCCUUCCUCCUCCUCCUUCCCACUUCAAACCACUUACUGAAGUAACAGAAUGAUAUUUUGGGGAAAGUCUUGCAGUAGAGUCUUGGUACAAGGGCCUUGCCAGAGCAGGAAUUACUGUAAUAAUUGGAUUACAAGCACAUGGUACGUUAAUCCUGUCAAACGAACAGGAAUCCUAGCUUUAGUAUUUAUAGCAUAGAAAGGCUUCGCUAUUCCUGUCCAUAACGCAACCUGUAAUGUUCGCUUUGUACAAGUGUCUGAAUCCUGUUAACAGGCUGAGUGGAGAGCGUAUCUGCGAAUCACUGGAUAUUACUAGACAUCUACGUACUCAGAUACUUGGUGAUGAAGAGGAUGGAGCUCUGUGCCAUACAGGCAUCGGGCCUUGUGCAGCCCAGAUCCUUUUACAGUGCAGCCUCUGAAGGAGUUUGUUGGGGCAUAUUGCAUAGUAACAUUAUAUGCUAGUCUUACUAGAUGAAACAGGAAGGCACCAGCAGUUCACUUGGCUGCCUUAUAGUCAACAUUAAGUGGAAACCUGAAAGGCAAGAGCUAGGCAGUGGGCAAAGUUUCAGCAGCCCUGCUUUACCGAUACUGAAACAAUGGUAAAACACCAUAAAAACCUCCGAGAGGUUUUUUAUUAGAUCUGUAAAUUGGAGUGAAGAUUAUGAAUUCUCAAAUGAUUUGUUCCUCUUAUGGAAGCUGCUGUGUAAUUAGAUUCAGCCAGGUGAUUCAAUAUGUUUAAUACUGAUGUUAAGUGGCUUUAACACUCUAUCUUGUGCUUGAGGGAGAAGAAAAAACAUGCCCCCCAGCUUCUGUAAAUUAUCUGCGUUUCAUCCUUUGUUUGUUUUUUUUCCUUUUAACUUAUUACACAUUUUUAAAAAUCUCUACUGUUUCCCUGAAGCAUUUGAAAAACUCAGCAUCAUAUGUAUUACUGCAGUUACAUGCUUGCUUUCCC